AUGUCCGCGGCACGGGGGGAUGGCGGCGGCAGGGGCGCGGCCUCUGCGGGUGGCGGGGCGACCAAACUCGCCUCCGGUGCCGACGCCUCGGGCCCCGCCGGCGACGACGCGGAGUUCCUCGAGCGCUUGCGCGCCUUCGGCACCGAGCUCGCGACUGAGCGGCAGUCCGAGCUGCAGCGCGCGCUCUGGCGGCAGGGAGGCCGGCGCAAGACCUUCGAGCGGGCAGAGGUUGCGCGGGUGGCAGCGGCCGAGAAGGUCCAGGAGGCCCAGCGGCGAGUGCAAGAGGCCGACGACCGCCUCCUGGCCAGCUGGCUGGCGCUGGAGGUCACCGCGGCGUAUUCGGCGGCGCUGCAGGCGGCCAGCCAGCCCGCGACUUCACGCUGGGACCAGCCGCCGCCGCGGGUCAAGGCGAUCGCCGAGACCAUGCAG